AUGAGUCAGCGGAUGAAUUUUCUACGCUCGAUUAUCGAGUCGUCGUCAAAUGCUUCGGUGGAUGAAUCGAGCGAGCGCAGCCUAGGACCUGAAAACCGGGACAGUGGAUACCAAACCGGAGGUCCGUCUUCCAGCGGUGAAUCACUGCAAAAACCAGGACAUGGCCGCGGUCGCGCAAGGUUUACAGCAUUUCUCGCACAGCCAAAAUCAUCCGAUGAUGUGGUAUCGCUGGAAGGCUCGAUGCAGAGCAUAGUGAUUGGAGGUCGAGGUCGGUUCGUACAAAAGCUGCUAAGCAGUGUUUCGGACGCAAGCCGCAACCCAUCGCAAGCAGAACUUACCAGUGCUGAGCAGGACGAUCUGACGGAAGCGUCAGCUGAGGGUAAAGCUAGGGCUAAGGAUAAGGUUCAGGACCGAGAGAGCUCGAGUUGCGCAUCCUUGCCAAAGAAAAAAGAAUCGUAUGUGCCAAAGCAACAGCAGGAACCAUUGACACCUGUCGUUAAACAAGGAACAGCUGGCACGCCGGUACAGCUGAUGAGCAACUUCAUGGAACUAAAGUGUGAACCGGGUCGCGGGAUCUUCCUCUACACUGUUGACUUCAUCCCAAAUCUAGACUCGAAGCAGUUACGAAAACAGUGUGUCGAUAGCAAGUCGAAUGUGUUCGGCAAAGCGUACACAUUCGACGGGCGUAUUCUCUUACUUCCGAAGCCUCUGGGACAGGAAAUGUCUAUGAUCGUUACGAGGCACCCCUCGAUCGACGCGGAAAUUACUAUGCAGGUUGUGUUUCGGGCAAAGCAGAGCAUGAGCGAUAAUGUAACCUUUUACAAUAAGCUGUUCCGUCGGAUCAUGCAUAUGUUGCAGCUGAACGAAAUUGGUCGCAAGCAUUUCGAUUCAUCGCAGGCUCGAAUCGUACCGCAACACAAGCUGGAAAUUUGGCCAGGUUUCGUGACCGCGGUGAACGCGUUCGAAGGUGGGUUGAUGUUGAAUCUCGACGUCACGCACCGAGUGCUGAUGCAGACCACUGUGUACACGCACAUUAAGACGAUCGCGAUGCUGCAGAAAUCCCAGUUCAAGGAAGCUGUGAUUAAGUCGUUGCUUGGAGUGGUCGUACUCACGCGGUACAACAAAAAAACGUACCGCAUCGACGACAUCUGCUUCGACGCGAACCCGAUGUGCACGUUCCGGUACGGCGAUCGAGACGUGACGUAUGUCGAGUACUAUAAGCAGCACUACGACAUCGAUAUUCUAGAUCACCAGCAGCCGCUUCUGCUGAACCGGUCCGAGCGACGAGUGGCCGGCAAGGCCGAACCGCAGGAGAUGCUCAUUUGUUUGAUACCGGAAAUUUGUUAUCUCACCGGGCUGACGGACGAAAUGCGAAAAGAUUACAAGGUGAUGCGCGAUAUCGCAACCUACACACGGAUCUCUCCCAACCAGCGCCUUCUGGCAAUGGAAAAGUUCUGCGAGAACGUAAACAACAACGAAAAAACGCGAUCUCUGCUGGCCUCGUGGGGGCUGGAAUUGAAGACGAAAGCCAUAAUCAUGGACGGACGGCAGCUGCCACACGAGAACAUCAGAUCCGGUGGAGGCGUCGAGGGUAGCGCUGGACCAGGAGCAGACUUUAACCGUCAGGUGACCAACAACCCGAUGCUCGAAGUCGUCCACAUUCGCCAUUGGACGCUGGUGUAUACGCAGCGCGACGAGAAGUACGCCAUGUCGUUCACCGACUGCGUAAAACGCAGCAGUCGCAUGCUCGGGAUCGAUAUAGCGCAACCAACAAUCGAAAUCAUACCGCAGGAUUCGACCAAUCUGUACGUGCAGCUUCUCCGAACCCGCAUCCGGCCUGACACGCAGAUCGUGGUGAUCAUUUGUCCGACGAAUCGUGACGAUCGGUACGCGGCGAUCAAGCGCAUCUGUUGCACGGAGGUUCCCAUCCCGACACAAAUCAUCAACGCUCGCACGCUCUCGAACGAGAAGCGCAAUCGUUCGAUCGUGCUCAAGAUCCUUCUGCAGAUGAACUGUAAGCUGGGUGGGACGCUCUGGGGCGUCAAUAUACCGCUCAGCGGCACGAUGAUCUGCGGCAUUGACACCUACCACGAAGCCAAGCACCGUUCCGGCUCGGUGUCCGCGUUCGUAGGCUCGAUUGACGCCUCGUUCACGCGCUGGUACUCGCGUGCCACCGUACAAGAGCGCAAGGAAGAACUGAUGAAUGGGCUGUGUGUCUCGAUGGAGAAAACGCUGCAGGCGUACCGGCGGCGAAACUGUCAGUUGCCGGAGAAAAUUAUCAUUUUUCGGGACGGUGUAAGUGACUCGCAGAUGACCAUGUGCGAGCAGUACGAGAUACCGCAGCUGCUGGCCGCCUGCAAUUUGAUGGCUCCAGAUUAUGAGCCAAAGAUCACGUUUAUUGUGGUGCAGAAGCGUAUCAUCACGCGGAUGUUCAACAUGAGCCGAAACAGCAGUGAAGGAAGUGGCAACGCGCCGCCCGGCACCGUACUCGAUCACACCGUGACCCGCCGGUUCCAGUUCGAUUACUUUCUCGUCGCGCAAGCCGUUCAGAUGGGAACAGUCACGCCGACGCACUAUAUCGUGCUGCGGAAUGAUUCAAACUUCUCUCCGGAUAUCCUGCAACGUCUUAGUUACAAGAUGUGCUACAUGUACUACAACUGGCCGGGUAGUAUACGCGUGCCCGCGUGUUGUCAAUAUGCGCACAAACUGGCUUACUUGAUCGGGCAAUCCGUGAAACGGAUGCCAGCGGAAUCACUUAACGACAAACUGUUCUACCUAUAGACGAAAUUCGUGCCUUCC